AUAAUAGUUUUGGUUUUUUUAUCACUCUAUUUAAAUAGUUUUAUAAAUGGACAAGAUAUAAUACCUGUUAACACAACUGCAAAAUGUGAAAAAUAUAUAGGCGACCAAGGAACCCCUAUUUGUACUGGCUAUAUCCCUAAUCCAGACUCAGUUUAUGUUACACUACCACAAAUCGAGGUUUUAAAACAAGUGAAUUCCACCAUAGAUUUUCUUCAAUUAUUUGGGUGUAAAAAUAAAAAUAAUUUAAAAGUUAUAUGUGCAAUAAGCUUCCCAGAAUGUAUAGAAUAUAAUGUAGAAAACUCAACAGUGGUAUUAGCUUUUCCAAAAUUAACAUGUGAUAAAUAUUGUAAUGCUGCAUUGGAUAGCUGCCCAUCAAUCAAAAUGGGGGCAGAGUGUCUAGGUUCAAUUAAUGAUCCAGUAACCCCAGGGAAAAGUGGAUUUUAUACACCAAUUUCAAAUGUAAUUUAUGAUUUAUCAAGCUAUAAUGGACCAAAUAAUUAUACAGUAGAUUGCAUUAACCCAGCACUAAUUUCAGAUAGUGGUUCAAAUAGUGAAAUUGAUAAUACAUGUCCAUUCCCAUUAUUAAGAAUCCCUAGAAACUCAACAGAUAAUGAAGAAGAGCUUAAAAAAGGGUUAUUCUACAUAGAAACAGGUGAAUGCGUUUUGAAUUGCCCUGUUAAUAUUUAUUCAAAUAGUGUUUGGAAAAGACUUUACAAACUUACCGAUGUAUUAUCAGUCAUUUCAAUGGUUUCCACAAUAAUUUUAAUGUUUACCUAUGGUGUUUUAAAUCCAAAAUUAACACGUUAUGAUAAAAAGAAUCUUUUCUUUUUAGCAGGUAUUUUUGGUAUUUCAUUAGCUGGUACAAUGAUAGCAGCAAAUGAUACUGAAACAACCCUUUGUCCAGACCCACAUAGAUUCGCUGUUAAUACAGACAAAGUUUGUGUAGCAUCAGGUUUUAUUACCCAUUUCUCUGCUUUAUUUGCUAUGCAAUGGUGGGCAAUUAUUGCUUUCGAUCUUUGGUAUAGUGUUAAACAUGUAAGAAAGCAAUUAAAGGUUAAAAUUCGUUAUUAUUUAACAGGAACAUUUACAGUUGCAAUCAUUUUCAGUGGGGUUUCAUUAGGCAAAGGCCAAUAUCAAGCUGGUUUUGCUAAUGUUUUUUGCUGGCUUUAUGACGAAGUGUAUCAGGAUGUUUGUUUCUUUGUCCCACUAGGUAUUUGUUUAACAUUUGGUUCAAUUAUGAUUGGAAUGGUAAUGAGAGAGAUCUACGUUAUUGUAAAAUCAUCCACCUCUUCAGGUGCAAACAAUGAUUCAAAGAAACAUUUAAAACUUCAAAUCAAACCAUUUUUAAAUGUAUUUUUAUUCUACUCAUGCUUUUUAUAUCUUUUCCUCUUUGCAAGAAUUAUAAAUAGUCGUUAUGAUAAAUAUAUGGAAAGUGCAUUACCAUACAUGACAUGUUUAAUCGCUGGAGGUGGUGAAGAUUGUAGAUUAGAUGGCCCAUCAUCUGGAUCAUUGGGUUAUUUCACUUAUUGUCUUAGAAUCUAUGGUAUUUACGCUUUCUUUGUAUAUGGUUGUUCAAGUCGUUUCUUUAAAAUUUGGAGAGAGUCAUUUUUAUUACAAAACAAAAUUAUGUUACCAAUUCUUACCAAACUCGACUCCGCAUUCUCACGUACUUCCAAUGGAAAAGGAACAUCAUCCACAAAUAUGGGUACAUCAAGCAGUAAUAGU